AUGAGGCCUCCUAGUGGCCUGUUGGCUCGUCGGUACACUUGUAUUCAAUGCAGAAACUGUUCUACUUCUACUCCAGCCCGCAACGUGAAGAGCAAAUUACCGAACGGACCUGCGCGCACGCGUUUCGCUCCCUCUCCUACCGGAUACCUUCACCUUGGAUCUUUACGGACUGCGCUUUUCAACUAUCUGCUUGCCAAGCGCACUGGUGGUCAAUUUCUUCUGCGCAUUGAGGAUACCGACCAGAAACGGACGAUUCCUGGAGCAGAGCAACGGCUAUAUGACGAUCUACACUGGGCUGGGUUGAAUUGGGAUGAAGGUCCUAUCGUUGGCGGUCCUUAUGGUCCCUAUAAGCAGUCCGAACGAACAGCCUUAUACCGCUCCCACGCCAACGACCUUAUUACGAACGGCCAUGCCUACCGGUGUUUCUGCCCUGCAGAACGUCUAGAUUCAAUCGCCCGCCACCGCAGCUCAGCCGGUCUUCCUCCUGGAUAUGACCGCAAAUGUGUGGACAUCUCAGCUGAGGAAUCAGAAGAUCGCGCAGCGAAUGGCGAGUCGCAUAUUGUGCGAUUAAAAAUGGAAGGAUACCCCAUAUUCAAUGAUCUAGUCUAUGGCAAGACAGGUCAGAACCGGCCCAACAACAAGAAGCUGGACUUUAUCGAUCGUGUUUAUGAUGACCCGGUUAUGAUCAAAUCGGAUGGUCAUCCCACGUAUCACUUGGCCAAUGUGGUGGAUGAUCACCUUAUGAAGAUUACCCAUGUUAUCCGAGGAACGGAAUGGAUGCCCUCUACUCCCAUGCAUAUGGCUCUAUACAAUGCCUUCAAGUGGACUCCCCCGCAGUUCGGUCAUGUCCCUCUACUUGUCGAGAAGAGCGGACAAAAGCUCAGCAAGCGAAAUGCGGAUAUUGACCUCUCAUCAUUCAAGGACAAGCAGGGCGUAUUUGCAGCCAGCUUGGUGAACUUUGCUUCCCUUUUAGGCUGGUCUCACUCCCAGAAGUCUGAUGUCUUUGACUUGAAGGAGUUGGAGCAGAUCUUUAACCUGAAAAUCACCCGGGGCAACACUGUUGUCGCUUUUGAAAAGCUCUGGUUCCUUCAAAAGGCCCAUGCCCAACGCUUCGCUGCAAGUGGUGGUCCUGAGUUUGACGAAAUGGUGAGCAGGGUAAGCUCUGUGGUAGAAACAAACCACCCUCGCGACAAUCUCUCCACAAUCCUCAAGGGCCGCACCCUCUCCGAAUACAUUGCGCCACUCAUCCGCGCCGAUGCAAAGUCCUACACGGACGCCGAGGAGUUCAUCCAACGUAACUCAACUUUCUUCACUCCCAAGCUCAACCGAGCCACCUACGCUCCAACCCCAUCAUCAUCCCCAUCCCCCCAGGUCCCAAUGCAAGCCCUCCACACAGCAGCAGCAGCCCUGACCCUCGUCCCACCCUCCCACUGGAACAUUGAAACCCACCGCUUCAACAUAACCUCCUAUGACGGCUCAGACAGCGUUGUCCUCCCGGAAGUUGAUCUAAGCGACACCAAUGCACCAGUCCCAGUUUCAAAAGAUAAAGUCUUCAAGAAAGAAUUGUACCACUACCUCCGUUGGGCGUUGUCUGCUUCAGCUCCUGGCCCGGGUAUUCCUGAGACCAUGGCUAUCCUUGGGAGAGAAGAGACUGUGCGUCGGAUUCAGGAUGCCAAGGCUUCCACGCAGUCUCUUGUUUCUUCUGUUGGGAGGAGGGUCCCUAAGGGGACAUUGCCAGAGGAUAAGUCUUGGAUGGGGACUCUUGCGUCUGGAAGAUGA